CCUUCGCCUACGCUAGCAAUAGUUUAUUCUAAAAUACAUCAAUUCCCGAAUGUUUACCUCGACAUUCCCGACCAUGUCCCUUGACUUGGUCGGCAUCAUUCUCCUGGCCGAUCUCUCGCUCAUCGCACAGCGAACCGCCCUCACAGGCGGCUCCACAUUCCUGGAUACAUUUGUCCUCUGCCCCGGACUGCAUCGCCAGCAGGAUACUGCUAAUGUUCACAGCGGAGAGUACCCGGCUGUAGCUGCAAUGACAACAGGCUAUGUCUUUCGCGUCGAGAAUCCAGCAACAGUUAAUUUCUUUCAAAGGGUUGGGCGCACGGGCCAACUGACUACACUUUCCGUUGCCAAUAUCCGCAAUUCUACGCAAGGGUGGCUUUCUCGUUUUAUGUCCUCUAUCGACAGUUCCAUGUCACUCGGAGCUGUCGCGGCAUAUCUCCUCGCAGUUGGCGGCACAAUCACCGUCUCAUACCUUCUCGUCCUCACACAGGACUGGUGGGGCCUUCGAGUGCUCGCCGUUCUAAUGUUUACCCGAUUCAUCAAUGUGCUUUUGAUUCAGUCUCGCAGUCGUGCCGGUUGGAGCGGAGCCUCUGAACCGGGCGUAGUUGGAGACCUCCUCGUUCUGCUAAGCCAGGACCGCUGGAUCCGGAUUACGGGAUAUGUGGAUGAUCUCAAAUCGGUGACAUCUGGAGAAUGGCUCCGUGAUAUGACUCGGGUCGAAAGUGCCGUGUCCGGGUUUACAACCUUACUAGUCUACUUGAAUGUUGCCUUAGCAAGCAACGUGAAAUUAUCUGGGCAAGUCCUGUUGCUGUUGCUCUUGGUAGGAACGAGCGGUCUGCUAGGACUGGUGAAUAUGUUAACGCAAGGGCUCCAAAUGCAUGGCAACUUGAUCACUGUGGAUGGUCCACGAAGGAAAUACCGAAGGAGACUGGAUCUUGCAGAAGCAUUGAUCAAGGAGACAGGAAGGGACGAUUGGGCAGUGCGCUUGGGAAUGAUCAGUCCUUCUCAAGCGUCAACUGUAAAGGGUGGUUCGGCGGGGAAUGCUGCGUUCAAUGAAACGCUUACCAUGUGAUCUUAAGUUGGGCUGCGGCUGCAUGUGCUCAUC